AUGCGCGUCUUCACCCUCGUCCUUGUGGUCUCGCCCGCUUCCCUGCUGCACCCCGUAACCGGGUUGGAGGCUGCACGUCCUACGCAGAUGAGACGCCAAGGCCCUGCAGUCGUUCCCCUGACUGCCGAUGACGAACGCUCACCUCCCAACAGGUUGUUGAGGUCUCAACUAUCGGCAGUGCCGAUGGAAGGGGUUUUCAAAGGGUUCAAUUCGGCUUCAGUCAUGGACGUACCUCAACGAAUUGCGAAUGAUGUGGAAGCCCUAAGAGUGUUCCUCGCACACCACAUGCAGACCGUGUCAAUGAAAGGGGCUACGAGGCGUUUCGCGACGCAAUCGCUGGAAGAGCAGCCCGCGAGCGAUGUGCGGCGCCUUCUAACCUUACUCCAUGAGAAAGACAAGCAACUAGCGGCAAAGUUGCCCUUCGGUGUGCAGAAGCAAACAAAACUGGAAGAGUUAUCGAACAUGCUGAUUCCGAAGUGGGCCAAGGAAGGCAAAACUUCUUCCCAAGUGCUCGGGCUACUCGGACUACGCGACCGCCCCCUAUUGACUUUUCUCAAAGAGGGGUCAUCUACCGGCGUGCUAAAGGCCUAUUGUAAGCAUAUCGAGAAGGACCGAGCUGAGUUCCUGUACUUGCAAACCAUUGUUCAAGCAUACGGCGGUCGACAGGGGUUCAUACGAGAAAUGAAUCGGUUGUUCUUGACCGCACAACACAAGCUGGCCACGGACUUCCUCCAUUCAACGCGCAAGGCGUUGCAAAGCCACAAAAAGGCUGCCAAAUCUGAUUCAGGGCUCCUGAUGACUGUGGAGAACCUCAUUAAACAAUACAAUCUACUACGCAUCCCGGCAAGGAUGUGA